AUGACUAUAGGUCUGACACCAUUGACUGAGAACAUGCCGAAUGGAAAGGCCACCAAACCGGGUGAUGUGGUGUUCGCCAUGAAUGGCAAAAGCAUUCAAGUGGACAAUACGGACGCCGAGGGUAGGCUCGUGUUGGCCGACGCUCUCUGUUAUGCGCACAGCUUUAAUCCGCAACUCAUCGUCGAUAUGGCCACUCUUACGGGCGCUAUGAGAGUAGCGUUGGGCGCCGGCGCCACUGGCGUGUUCUCCACGUCCACUAAACACUGGAAUCUGUUGCAGAAAUCCGGUGUUCAGACCGGAGACCGGGUCUGGAGAUUGCCUUUGUUUUCGCACUACACUAAACAAGUGGCCGACAGCCAGUUGGCGGACCUCAACAAUAUAGGCGGUGCGGGCGCUGGCGGUGCCUGCAUUGCGGCCGCUUUUCUCAAAGAGUUCGUCACUCAUCCAAAUUGGAUGCAUUUAGACAUCGCUGGCGUUAUGGACAACAAAGACGAAGUGCCGUAUUUGGGCAAAGGAAUGGCCGGACGACCGAUGAGGACUUUGGUCUACUUCGCAAAAGCACUCUUUAGUAAUGAAUUUACUGAUUAA